UUCGCAAAGUUCCCGUCGGGCAGUACGCACGCGUCUCUAUCAUUUCGUCGCGAUAAAAGUGUAGAAAGUUUUAGUUCGUGUUGCGUAAAUUAAAUGAGAAAACAAUGACAAUGGACGUUCAAAGUAGCUAUCAAAAUUAUAAAGAAGCGUCGCCAGAUGCAAAAGAUAAUAAUCUUAGCAUUGAAAGUGCAAGGACUUCGCAUAUUUCGAAGACAGAUAUGCAAUCGACUGUUUUAAAUCCGGGAAAGGCAUCGAAACGCUCUUUUGAUGUGGCUUUUCUCAUGAUGCCUGAUGAAAAACUUCGCCAGAAACAACCUGAGAGGCAACUGAGAGUUUCAAAACAAUUAUUUAAUAGCGAAGAAUGGGAACAGCCUCAGAAAAGAAUUCCAGAUAUUUAUAAACACAGUGAAUAUUCAAAUGAAAAUGUACUGGACGUCAAAGACCACGAAGAUGACCGAAUUCGUGUAAACAAUAACAUAUCUCCAAAUUUUGGUUCCGAUAUCAAUAUAGAUGUCGGCACUGAUGAAUAUCCCAGUAAAACCAUGUAUUGCAGUGAUUCUGAGAACUCAGAUCGAUCAAGAAGUCGUCCAAACUCCAAUGAAAGUGCAGCUAGACAGCCUAAGUUCCUGCCUGAGCACAAGAAUAAAAUUUUCGAUGAUCCUACGCUGAUCAGCAUGCAAUCACGAGCGAGGUAUGAAAAUAGAUAUUCAGAUAAACCACAGGAAAUGUCACCUAAGAGCGCAUUUACAAAGGUUUCUAAUUACGCUAUUAGAUCUCCAAAUCCAUCAAUGAGUCCCGACAAUCUGCUUUAUCAAAACUCAGUGAGUCCACCACUUUCAGCGGCUACUCCACCAUCGACUUCUUACAACAAGGCAGCCGCUUUCAACAAUUUACUUACACCAGCACAUUUGUUAAACGGUAACAAUUUUUUUAAAGCUCAGAAUAUGCAAUCUUCGUCUCCAAACUACACAGAAUCCGGAUCAUUACCACAACGGGCGAACGUGAAUUAUAAUAAAAGUGUGGAAUACCAAGAAAAACAAGCUGAUCCAAAAAACAAAUUAAACUUUUUGCCAUUCAGACCCGAGAUUCCGUACCUUCCAGCCGGAUCAUCAUAUCCUUUCGGCGUACAGAAUUUCCAACAGCCCAAUGCUGAUUUUAUGAAAUUUCCAGUCCCUCCAAGAGAGCCUGUAAAUCCUUUAAUAGCUAACCCAGCAGCUGCUAUACUGAGUACACUGCUACCACCAACAUUGGCGGCAUUUUCGUUGCCAGCACAAAACGUUUGCGCUAAAUGUAGCAUCAGUUUUAGAAUGACGUCAGAUUUAGUGUACCACAUGCGUACACAUCAUAAGAGUGAGUCGCAAGCGGAUCCGAAUAAGAGAAAAAGAGAAGAAAAAUUGAAAUGUCCGGUAUGUAACGAGAGCUUCAGGGAGAGGCAUCACCUCACCAGACAUAUGACAGCUCAUCAAGACAAAGAAGGCGAUAUGGAUGAUGUGACACCUUCGCAAGGUUAUAAUAAAAAAAGCAAGCAAUAUUAUAGUCACAAUAACGGUUCGCUUCUCCACAAAUGAAUUAAUCAAAUAUGCUUAUUGAAAAAUUUCGAAGUGAAGUUCGUAAAGAUUUAUCUGAACUGGACGUUCAUUAAAAUUUACUGUAGGUAAUUGAAAUGUCGGUUUUGAGUCCAAUACCUUGUUCUGGGUUAUGUUUAAAUAAAUUGUUGUUGUUGUUUAGUUAUUUAAGUAUUAUUAUA